UGACCCUUUUACCCUUUCUCAACCUUCCCACAUUUUUUUUUCGUUUGCACGCAGCAGCGCUGCCUGGUCCGUGUCAAUUUCGCCUUCCUUUACCUCUCACACAUUCUUUCAUAAAGCGCUCUAGCUAGCCCUUAUUUUCAGAAUCAUGAAGUUCACCAGCUCUUUCGCCAUCAUACUGGCCGUACUGCCGUGCAUCGUUUCAGUUGGUGCGCUUCCUCAACAACGGGGAGGUCGCUUUGGACGUCAGCGCGGAGGAGGACAGAACCGUGGUGGCCAACAACAACAGGGUCAACAACAGCAGGGUCAACAACAGCAACAGGGUCAGGGCCAACAGAACAGUACAGGCCAACAACAACAGGGUCAGGGUCAACAGAACAGUACAGGCCAACAACAACAGGGUGCGGGUCAACAACAAGGUGCCGGCCAAAACAAUGCGGGUAAUGGGCAGGCGGCUGGGGGCGCUGAUCCACAGACGUCUUUGACUCUUGACCCUAGGGUCAUUGCAAAAGGCUUUGCUCAAAACGGACAAGCCCAACCAACAGCAGGUCAAGUCGCUUCGUUGACAUCGACCAACAAUUUCAUCAACUUUUGCGCGUUAACCAUUGAUAAAACCCCCAUCACCGAUGGCAAGCAAAUCCAGACCGGUUCAUGUAACCCGGCGCCUAUUGGUUUGAUACCUAGCAUUGACAACAUGCCCUCAUGCAAGUUCGUGAAUCCUCCCAACGGCGGUACCGUUCCUGCCAAUCAGGCGUUCGAUGUCCAAAUGGCGAUCCAGAAGCUUAAUACUGGUAACUUUGUGAAUGCACAACAGAAUUAUUUUGCUGCUCCUCAGCAGUUGGACAACCAAGGCCAGAUCAUUGGACACACCCAUGUUGUUAUAGAGGCGGUCACAAACUUGGGACAGACGACUCCAUUAGAUCCCACGAAAUUUGCAUUCUUCCAGGGUGUUAACACCAAAGCACAGAAUGGCGUCGUUUCUGCCACCGUUAGUAAGGGGCUCCCGGCAGGAGCCUACAGGAUGUGUUCCAUAAAUGCUGCUGCCAACCACCAGCCUGUCAUUGUUCCCGUCGCUCAGCAUGGAUCGUUGGAUGACUGUUCAUAUUUCACUGCCACUGAAGGUGGUGCCGCUGCUGGCGGUAACGGUCAAGCUGGCGGUGCUACUGGUCAAGGUGGUGCCGCUACAGGCGGUAACGGCCAGAAUAACGGUCAAGCUGGUGGUGCUACUGGUCAGGGUGGUGCCGCUGCUGGCGGUGCUACUGGUCAAGGUGGUGCCGCUACGGGCGGUAACGGCCAGAAUAACGGUCAAGCUGGUGGUGCUGCUGGUCAAGCUGGUGGUGCUACGGGUACAGCUGGUGGUGCUACGGGUCAAGCUAGUGGUGCCGCUGGUCAGGCUGGUGGUGCUAAAGGUGGCGCCACCGGUCAAACUGGUGGUCGACAGGGUCAGCGCGGACGUGGUGGCCGUCAGUGAACGUCUUCCCAUUCCGAUGGUUAUGGAUUCAUGAUCCCCCUGUGUAACGUUAUACCCUCUUCAGUUGUUUGAUCCUUAUGUUGCUCUGCUUGUCUAGAUCUAGACUGAUGCCAUAUCUGUACAAUUCCAUCGCUUCUUUUUCUCCUUCACGGUGACCUUUUCUGCAUUGGUUCGGAAGGGGGCUGCUUUCGGGUCUGCUCAUUUUUAGCUUUAUAAUUCCGAUGGAAUACAGAGAGGAUAAAACUUUGCUUGAUUGUGAGAAACCAGCACCGGUACUUCCCUCUGUUGAUCAAUUAUGCCUAAGCUACUACCUUACGACGGAAAUUUAACUGGCGGGAAUGCUGACCUCUAUUAAAGCAACAAAUUCACGUAGGUGCAGAUGUUUGAAGUUGGACGACCAUUCACAUAUACACUAUUUUUGUCCAAGAUCAUCCAUCAGACACAGUCCUGAUCGAGAUAUUCGUGUAGCUAGGUGGCAUCUGAUGAGCUCCGUACGCAGAUGAACGAAUCACGGUGUGGGAAUGGAAUUGACUUUGGAGUGAUUAUUGUUGAGAAUGGUGCUGGGAUACCCGGCCGCAUCGCAGGAGGACUGACACUGGGUUUCGACCUGGACAUUGUAAAGGGGACGGGGAACUAGCGAUCGCGCGAGAACAUUCGGGGACAACUGCCCUGAUGCGUAGAUGGGUGACAGCAGAGUUCUGUACGGGUAGAAUCAGCCUUGGGAGUUUCGAGUGGUUGGACGAUAGGCGGCAGUUCAGGUGCGAAGCAGGCGGUGGUGUAGACGUCGAUAGCGCUCUCCAGAAGGGCUCUUGAAUCGGGUAGGGUCGAAGGCCAGCCUUGCUAAUUGGUGAAGAGUCU